CUGAACAACAGCCGAGGAUGCCUGGGGCCGGCGCCGGCGUGCAGGCGCCCGAGGCCUCGCCGGGCCGCUACGUGCGCCGCCACGACGAGGUGACGCCAGACGACGACGGCUGCGACGGCGUGUUCCGGGUCGCCGUGCGGGGGCCCGGGGACGACCCCUUCGACAUCCCAGCCAAGCGGGCGCCCGUCGAGCGGCUGCGCCGAUGGAGGCAAGCUGCACUUGUGCUCAAUGCUUCUCGGCGAUUCAGAUACACUCUUGACUUGAAAAAAGAGGAAGAAAAAGAACAUAUAAGGAGGAAAAUUAGGGCUCAUGCUCAAGUCAUACGAGCUGCGUUACUUUUCAAGGAAGCAGGAGAAAAGCAGAAUGGCGAUAGAGAAUUACAACGAGAAGUUUUAUCAACAAGGCCUGGAGGAUUAGGCUUGCCAUGGACAUGGCAGCGACAGUCAACCGCAGCCUUGCAUCGAUGCACCGGGCUUACUUCUCCGCUUCAGGUUACACCAGUUCUGAGGGCCACUGCAUAUAACACCUAUCCAGCAAAAUGGGCAAUGCUCAGUUUUGUUCAAGAUAAAUUACUGGAACUGCUGGGAUUUGGAGUAGAUCUGCAUCUUCUUGUAGAGGAUCAUUGUCUUUUCCGGGUGCUGUACAAUUUAGGCAAACAAUAUUCCUCCUGGGCAUUGGGCUGCGAGUAGGCUGUGAAGAGACACAUGGGAUAGAAGCCACAAGCAAAUGGAAGCCAGUAUGAUGUGUGAUUGUGUUCCAGAUCUGCUUGAUGAACCCUGUUGGUUAGACAAGUAAGAUGGAAGCCAAUUAGAUGAACCAUGUUAGAUGAACCUUGUUGUGUAUUUUAUCUAAUGGUUUCAAACCAUGAUGUUCAUGAUGUGGAGAUGAACACUGUUGGUCAUGGAAGUUAUUAGAUGCCUGGAUUGUGAAUCCUUGAAUGUUCAAAAUGUUGGUUUCAAACA